GACGAAAGUAACAGCAUAUAAACUGCAUCCACCAGUGCAGUACAGAUGGUGGACAUGGCACUGUUUGGGAAUCUCCGUUUGAUUUUAGCUGUGGCCGUCCACUUAGGACUCCAACUCGACACGGGAGCUAUUGUUGGUGGAGUGUUCAUCGUCAUUGUCAUCAUCAUCAUUGCUAUAGUUGCUUUUGUUUUUCGCCGCAGGUUACUCCUGUUUUACCGUGUAUGUGUUUCAAGAUAUAGGAAAAAGCGUCACGCCGCUGCGAAUUCUGUUGUUGACAGGGUGACUUCGAACAACGGUGAAAUAAACAGCGCCGUCUACAUCAACAUGGGGACUUCUCGCCCAGUACAUGAGCGCCCCAUCAGUAUGUCAGACACAGAUGCGUUCUACGCUGAUGUCCACACCAUGGGGGAAGCCUCUGAGAAGCGAGGUCAAAACCCGAGUAAAACGGAAAAAUAUCCAAGUGGAGAUCCAACGACUGGCGUAUACAUCAACGACACGGAAUUGGCACAAAACUCAGAUACUGUAGCAAGCGGACCUGUCAAUCAAACUGUGACCCCUCAAUCACGACAAUCUGCUGACUACUACUCCUAUACUCAACCUCCAAUCCCAGACCCGAUUUACGGUAAUACUACGCAUACUUCACAAACCCAACAGCCUCAGGAGAAUGACACCCUUGGCGUUUACGAGAAACUACAGACAGGUGCAAACACAAGCUCGAACUAUAGUGCGCUUACGUUCAAAAACCCAGUGGACUAAGCCAGAACAAACCAGAGCACUGUCAAGUGAGCUUCAGCGCGCAUGCGCAGAACACAUGGGUCUCUCGCUUCUCUCAGUGUAAUUUGAGCCAAGUAAUAUAGUAUCAAAAUCUGUCUGGAAUCAGGGAGAUAACUCUAGCUGGCAUGAAGUCUGGUAAUGUGGUUUAUGUGAAGAAAACCAAACAAAACGAAGCCGUCUGUACGGAUUUUUUUAAGGUGUUCGACAUAUAUUCCACACUUUCGUCUACUGUUAAAGCUCAGACCAUGUGAACAAGAUGUUUGUCCUGUUUCGGUAAAGGGAUGCAAGAAAUUGUUAU